AUGACGAAGCAUCUGUUGUGGAACUUCUCCAAAGUCGUCUUAUGCUGGGCUUUAGUGGACGCGCAGGCAGGCUCGGACGGGGGCAUCACUGCACAGGAACAGAUGUACCUCCUGUAUGAAGUAAAGCUCCAGUGUCAUCAGAAUGUCUCCACUCACAACCCUGCAGAUGACAUUUGUCCUCCCGGGUGGGACGGCUUGAUCUGCUGGCCACAGGGUUCACCUGGAGCAGUCACCAAGGUUCCCUGCCCCAGCUACAUCUAUGACUUCAAUCAUAAAGGCCACGCAUACAGAAAGUGUGACAUCAAUGGCUCCUGGGUCUUUGUUGAAAGCCUGAACCGGACCUGGGCAAAUUAUUCUGAUUGCUUGAGGUUUCUUCAGCCCAACGGCCAGGAGGGGGGCAAACAGGACUUCUUUGAACGGCUGUAUAUCAUGUACACUGUGGGAUAUGCGGUAUCCUUUAGCUCCCUGCUGGUGGCCAUCUUCAUCAUUGGGUACUUCAGGCGACUGCACUGCACCAGGAACUACAUCCACAUGCACCUGUUUGUGUCGUUCAUGCUGCGGGCAGUCAGCAUCUUCGUCAAGGACAGGGUGGUCCACGCCAACGUGGGGCUGCAGGAGUUUGACGCGGCACUCAUGGACAACUUCAAAACCAUCUCCGUUGCACCACUGGACAAGUCCCAGUAUAUCGGGUGCAAGAUCACAGUGCUGCUCUUUAUCUACUUCCUGGCGACCAACUAUUACUGGAUCCUGGUGGAGGGACUGUAUCUUCACAGCCUCAUUUUCAUGGCCUUCCUCUCUGACAACAAAUACUUGUGGGGCUUCACCCUGAUUGGCUGGGGUGUUCCAGCUCUCUUCGUUGCUGCCUGGGCCGUUGUCCGGGCAACACUAGCAGAUGCCAGAUGCUGGGAGUUAAGUGCAGGCAACAUUAAGUGGAUAUAUCAGGUUCCCAUUCUAACAGCCAUUGGGCUGAACUUCAUCUUGUUUGUAAAUAUCGUACGAGUGCUGGCAACAAAGAUCCGGGAGACGAACGCAGGACGUUAUGACACCAGGAAGCAGUACAGAAAGCUGGCCAAGUCCACCCUGGUGCUGGUCCUGGUGUUUGGAGUGCACUACAUCGUGUUUGUGGGAAUGCCACACACCUUCAAGGGCAUGGGCUGGGAAGUGAGAAUGUACUGUGAGCUCUUCUUCAACUCCUUCCAGGGCUUCUUCGUCUCCAUCAUCUACUGCUACUGCAAUGGAGAAGUCCAGACGGAGAUCAAAAAGACGUGGACGCGCUGGAACCUGGCUUUCGACUGGAAGGGCCCUGUGGUCUGCGGCAGCUACCGCUACGGCUCAGUGCUCACCAACCUCAACAACAGCACCAGCAGCCAAUCGCAGCUGGCUGGCGCCUCGCGCACCACCGCCCUCUUCUCCAGCCGGGUGUACCGCAGCAGCGGCGGGCGGGCGGUCAGCACUCACACCACCCUGCCCGGCUACGUCCUCAGCAACUCGGAUGCAGACAGCCUGCCACACUCCAUCCCGGAGGAGAGAGACGAGAGUGCGAAGCAACUGGAUGACAUCUCACUCAAGGAGUCCCCGCCCAUAGUCAGUAGCAGUCCGGGAGAGGACAACGAGGAGGCACUCUAG